AAAAAAUCGCAAAAGAUGUCUACAUUCAAUCGUACUGUUGUUCUCGAUGGUAAGGGUCACAUCUUGGGUCGUCUCGCUGCCCACGUUGCCAAGGAAGCUUUGAGCGGAAAGAAGGUCGUCGUCGUCAGAUGUGAAGAACUCCUUAUCCAAGGUAAGAUGAAGAGAAACAAGGAAGCUUACGAAUCAUACUUGAGAAAGAGAAUGAACACCAAUCCAAGAAAGGGUCCAUUCCAUCACAGAGCUCCAUCUCAACAUCUCUACAAGAUCAUCAGAGCUAUGGUCUCCAGAAAGACUGAAAAGGGUAGACAAGCUUUGGCUAGAUUGGAACUCUUCGACGGUGUCCCAGCUCAAUACAACCAAGUUAAGAGAUUCGUCUGUCCAUCUGCUCUCGCUGUUACCAUCUUGAAGCCAAGCUCACCUGUUACUAGAGUCGGUGACUUGUUGAAGAGAAUGGGUUGGAAGUAUCACGAUGUUGUUGUUAAAUACGAAGAACAAAGAAAGCAACAAAAUCAAGCUUACGUUGCUGAAGUCAAGACUUUGCAAAAUCUCAAGAGUGAAGCUACUGAACAAUUGAGUGGUAACACUGAAUUCCAAACUGUUGUCAAGAAGUUGGCUGAAUUAGGCUAUUAAAUAAAUUAAAACACACCAUAUAAAUUCAAAAA